AUGGCCAUAAAAAACCUCAUACUCAAUUAUGGCGUCCCAGACUUCAAGCGUAACGGGCGGCUGGACUUACUUAAAGUCGACUCGCUGCUGUUGCGAAACGGAACUACUAUCGGUCAUCUAGAGCUCCCGAUCGAUAACUUGCGGUAUCUAGAGGUGGGACAAUUCAACAAGAACGAAACAAUUAGAGAUAUUACUCUUCCUCUAAGUGAUGUCAGUUGGACAAGCCGCUUUGAGCUCUGA